CCAGUCCUUAGCGAAUACUCGUCGAAAGCUGGCUAAACUACCGCGAGUGUACCGUUAGGAGUUCGUAUAUGUUUUCUUUCUGUAUGGAAAUGAUUACUGUUUUUUUUUUACUUUUUUAAUUUUUCUGGUGAAAUAAAAUAAAAAUUGAAAAAAAAAAAAUAACGCGUUACCAAAACGUUACAUAUAUCAAAAAUAUUUAACUGUCCCCUAAAACGUCUUUAACUCGUCGUGUAUUUUGAAAAUGAAAUAAAUCGUCCUUUUUCUUAUAGAGGAGAGUUCCGUUGCUGCUGUAUAUCGUUAACCCAAAUCCGCGUAUGACCUACGACACUGGGGCAUCAUCAUCAUCGUCAUGAUGUGUGUUUGUAUAUUAAGACGAAUGUUUUAAAAGAAAGCAAAAAAAUAAUUAAAAAAAAAAAAAAUCAAAUCAAAAUGGCAACACACAAUUGUGAGUGAGAGAAAUCGCGAAAGGAUAACAUAAAAAAAAUUUUGUAUCCGUGUGUGUGACGAUUUCGUGUGUGUUAAACGAAGAUUGAAAAAAAAGAAGAAAACAAAAUUAAGAAUUCAUCUUCAAGGUGUCACAUCUCCAAGACACACACCAAACAGAUUCUGAUUAACUUACUUUUCGAAACACUCGAAAAAGGGUUUUCAACAUACUUUUCCCCCACCACCACCAUAACCAUUUUUGUUGAAGGACCAUUAUGCGCCUCUUGGGCCGUCGUUAAUUUACGCUCAACACACAUCAGAAAUUCUUUUAUCUUUUAAUCACCCUUGUGAUAUGUAAACAUCCUUUAAAAAACAGCGCGAUAACUUCAUCAUCGUUAUAAACGUCGUUUGUCGCCCCGUCUGUCGCUACCAUACCGUCGUCGCCGCUUAACCGUCGUGUGUUUACGUGUGUGUGUGUGAGAUAGAUAUAAUUUUUUGUUACUCAUGCCUGUCCCUCGUGUUGGCAUCCAAUUCUGACAAAAAAAAAAUAGAAAAAAUAAACGCGCCUACAUCACAGCACCCUUGUGUAUCCAGCCAAACUCUCCUAUUAUAACGGUAAACACAAUAAACGGUGUGGCGUAGAUCUCUGUCAAGUGCACACAACACAUCCUUCGAACAUCAUUUGUCAUGUCAUGAGAGAGUCGCGUGCCUUGUUGGCUAUUAUUUUUGUGUCUAUUUUGCGUCUGUUUUGUUUUGAAAUAGAGAGAAAUAAAGGAUACAAAAAAGGAGAAAAAAAUUACACAUAACGGGAUUGUUCCCGAUGUGAUCAUAAUAUUUAUAUAUGCGUCCUGAUUACAGUGAUUACGACCAACGAAGAUGUGAGUUUGGUUGGUUUAGAGAUGAUUAUGAUGAUGAGGAUGGUUGAUGAUGUGUCUGAAUAAUUUUGAAGUACCAUGUCCUUUUUUUACCGACAUACAUAUUUAAUUGAGGGCCCAAAGGAGUGUGAAAAAUUAGAAAAAUAAAAAAAGCUGACACCCGUUAGGUUUAUAAUUUGUCAAAGAAGAAGCUUCUGCUUACUGUUAUUGAUUUAAAAAUAAAAAAAAAUUAAAGUGUUUUAGAGUGAUAUCCUUGUAAUCCUUGCAAUGUUAUACACAGUUAUCACAUUGGUGUCAUAAAAAAAAAUCCCAUAAAAUAAUAAAAACCAGUGCAUAUUAAGUGUUUACUAAAAAAAAAUUCUUUCGGUUUUAUGGUGGUAACUGCGAGAGAGGUCCUUUUUGGUGUCCUUUUACAUAUUUGUGUGUAGGUAAUAUAAAAAAAAAAUGUCUGUCACAUUAUAUUGACAAAAGCAAUAAUAUAAUAAAAACAAAAAAGAAAGUAAUUUUUUGUGUUUUAUUCUGUUGUUUUUAAAGUAAUAUAAAAAAAUAUGGAAAAAUACACAUUUUUGGGUAGUAAAAAAUUUAAAUGACGCAGAAAAUUUUAUAGUGGAAUAAACUUUAUACAACACAAAAUACCUUCAAUCUCUUCUACCUAAAUUCAAACAUAAACAACUAAGGAUGGUGGAUUAAUCAAAUUUGAUAACAGAACAAAAAAAGCUGCAACACAGUUUUUGAAUGAACACAAAGAAACACAAAAUAAAAACGAUCAACAAAAGAAAAAAAAAUAAAACUUCCUGUAUGCUCCUUGUGUAGUUGAAUGCUGCCACUUUCCGGUAAACGACUUCAAUAAUAAUAAUUUCUUUUACCACCACUACCAUCACCACCCGUCCAAAACACGAAAGAAAAAACAAAACAAAAGCAAAAAAAAAGGAGGAAAAUAAUUUUCGUUUGAGAAAUGACCCAGCAAAUAAAAACUCCAGUAUCAAAAAGAAGAAGGAAAAUUGAAAAGCACAAAAACACAAAUACAAAUACAAAAACAAAUAUACAAUAAACAAACUUCCAUCUCCAGACAGGAAGGAGCAAAAAACAUAAAGUGCUAAUCGAUGUUCAAAUUUCUACAAAUAGUUUUUCUUGGCUUUUAUUAAAACCAGCAUCAGCAUCCGCAUCUUUAUAUCGUACGAAUAAAACGCGACGCGCCUGAAUAAGUUUUCUUGCUAUAUAAAUUGUAAUGAAAGAAAACUUGAAGAUACACUUUCUCACAUAGAAAUGACGACCGACCUCUUUAUAUAGCCAAGCUCUAUUCAACUUUUAAAAACAGACGAAGCAGCCUUUCUCAACUCUCAAUUGAAACUUUAUGUUGAUAGAGUCCCCACAGAGAGAAAGGAAGAGUUAUACUAUCCCAGAGUAACGAACGUGUUGACAUGAAAUAUUAAUGCGGUAACCCGUUGACGGUUUAAAGUCAACCCAAGCACAACAUAAAUCAUAAAGUCUAACAAGAAGAAAACGAAGAAGAAGAAGUAUAUAAUAAAAGCAGACGAAGAAAGCAGCUAGAGUGCAUAUAAGAAGACCCAAGCUAAUCGCUGACCUAACUCACUGCACCGUUGCACCACCCUAACCCUCUUAAAAAGGGAAUUAUUAAUAGUUGAAGCGUAACAAAGCACACACAUAUCUUAAAAAACUUUGACUAACUUAGUUCUUAUACCACAAAUAUAGUUAAGAAAAAACGAGAAAAAAAGUAAUAGAACACAAAUAAGAGAAAUACAAAUAAUAAAGGAUCACAUGUCAGAAGGGGCACACGUGUCCCAUUCGACUGCAUUUCGUAUAAAAACUACAAAUAAGAAACAAAACGACAACCAGAACCACGACGACGUUGACAAGAAGACAGAAGAAGACGAAGAAGAAGACAACGACAACGUUGUUGGUAGAAACGUACUACGACGACGAAGAUAAUGCAAAUGCUACCGAACAUGUUGGAGAUUCGAGUUAUCCUGCUAUGCCUUCCAUCGAUCCUUUUAGCAACAACAUUAGAACCGGAUCAAAAAUCAAUACUCACCGAUAGCGACUGGAAGAAACUAUGGAUGGCUGGCGGUGUCAAUCCAGACUCCAAAUUAGAUAACAAUAAUCUUGACUCGAGUGACAGUCCGAUGUUUGAAGAUAGUGAGAUGAUGGCACACAAUACGACCGUCCAGUUAGGUGGAACAGCCUUUCUUAUUUGCAAAGUCUCUGGAGUGGAUAGAGUGGGUGUUAAUUGGAAUCAAAUAUCCUGGAUUCGAAGGAGAGAUUGGCAUAUAUUAUCAUCAGGAGCUCAACUUUACACAAACGACGAGAGAUUUGCAAUACUCCAUGCGCCGGGCUCCAAUACGUGGACCCUGCAAAUAAAGUUUGUUCAGAGGAGGGAUCAUGGCAUGUAUGAAUGUCAGGUCUCAACUCCGACUGGUGUCAUUUCGCAUUUUGUGAAUUUACAAGUGGUCGUACCGGAGGCGUUUAUUCUCGGUUCUGGUGAACUACAUGUGGACAUGGGAUCAACCAUUAAUUUAGUAUGCAUCAUCGAAAAGAGUCCAACCCCACCACAAUAUGUUUAUUGGCAGAAAAACGAUCGGCUAAUUAAUUACUAUGAUGCGAGACGAGACAUUUCAAUUGAAACAACACCUGGCACAAGGACACAAAGUCGAUUGAUAAUACGAGAACCACAAAUUGCCGACUCAGGAAAUUAUACAUGUUCAGCUAGUAAUACAGAACCAGCUAGCAUAUAUGUAUUCGUCUCAAAGGGAGAUAACAUGGCAGCUAUUUCCCGACGAAAAACCUCUUCAGCCGAUCGAAUUGCAACGAUAUUAGAAAGUUUAUUGGUUCCAUGUAUUUUAGUUAAUACUUUUACAUUCAGACACAUCUUUUUCACUUAGGAAAAAUAUACUGUAAUAUAAUAAAUUUUAAUUAUAAGUCCCCUAGAUAAAACUUUAGAUAAUAUAAGACUAUUUUUAGUUUAAAAAUUAAAAAAAAAUAA